AUGUCGGUGGUGGAGGAAAACCGGCCGUUCGCCCAGCAGCUCUCCAAUGUCUACUUCACCAUCCUCUCCCUUUUCUGCUUCAAGCUCUUCGUGAAAAUCAGCCUGGCCAUCCUCAGCCACUUCUACAUAGUGAAAGGCAACCGCAAGGAAGCGGCUCGGAUAGCGGCCGAGUUUUACGGAGUAACCCAAGGACAAGGUUCCUGGGCAGAUCGGUCACCACUACAUGAAGCAGCCAGUCAAGGUCGUCUUCUAGCUCUGAGAACAUUGUUAUCACAGGGUUAUAAUGUCAACGCAGUGACCAUAGACCAUGUCACGCCAUUACAUGAAGCCUGCCUUGGAGAUCACGUGGCCUGUGCCAGGACACUUCUGCAAGCUGGAGCCAACGUAAACGCGAUCACCAUAGACGGCGUGACCCCAUUAUUCAACGCAUGUUCACAAGGCAGCACCAGCUGCACAGAACUGCUCCUGGAAUAUGGCGCCAAACCCCAGCUGGAGUCCUGCCUUCCUUCCCCUACGCACGAGGCGGCCAGCAAAGGUCACCACGAAUGUCUGGAAAUCCUGAUAUCCUGGGGUGUAGAUGUUGACCAAGACAUUCCCCAUCUGGGAACCCCUCUGUAUGUAGCUUGCAUGUCCCAGCAGUUCCAUUGCGUCCGGAAGCUUCUUUACGCUGGCGCUGAUGUACAAAAAGGCAAAUAUUGGGAUACUCCAUUACACGCUGCUGCUCAACAGUCCUGUACGGAAAUUGUAAACUUACUGCUAGAAUUUGGAGCGGACAUCAAUGCCAAAAACACAGAUCUUCUGCGACCUGUCGAUGUGGCGACGUCUAAUAGUUUGGUGGAAAGAUUAUUGCUUCAGCAUGAAGCCACGCCAAGCUCUCUGUGCCAGCUCUGCAGACUCUGUAUCAGAAACUACAUCGGUAGACCAAGAUUACACCUUAUCCCACAGCUCCAGCUGCCAACGUUGUUGCAGAAUUUCUUACAGUAUCGAUAA